AGUAAUUACAUCAGCUGUAAUAAGCGCUUAAAAACUCAGAUGAAUAUGUCUGCAAUAUUUUGGUUUGUUUUAUUUAUCAUUUCAACAGUAUUCGAUAUGAUACAUGCUGUUCGGAUGUUUUAUGCUUUAUUUCUAAGCAAAAUAUUUCACUCUAAAGUCGAAAAGAAGCAUCUGCUGGAAUUAAGUAGCUACCAAAAGCGCUGCAUGCCCAAUGACUUGGACAUAUUCAUGCACAUGAACAAUGCCAACUAUCUCAAGCAUUGUGACAUUGGGCGCAUUCUGAUGUGGAAACAGAAUGGAGUUUUGGAUAAAGUGUUUAAGAUGGGUGGUGGAAUGACUCUUGGAGCCAGCAACAACCGAUAUAGGAAAUCAAUAAUACUCUUUGAUCACUUUAGAAUUGAAACCAAGGUUAUAUACUGGGAUGACACAGCAUUCUAUGUGGAACAACAAUUCAUCAGAACAAAAGACAACUUUGUAUGUUUUGUGUCGAUUUUAAAGCAGACAUUAGUGGGCAUUAAACCGGAUGAAGUUGUGAAAAUUGUACAUCCCGAUAUAGAGAAGCCACCGUUAUUGCCUGAACUAGAAAAAUGGAUGGAAUCUAUAAGUUUUUCGAGUGAAAGACUACGAAAGACAUCUUAAAUGCUCAUUCACUUAACAAAUUGUUGCAAAGUUCAAGAACAAAGUCAUUAAAUGUUUAAAAUUGUAUAACAAAGAUUAGAAGAAGUAAAUCCAUGUUAAAGUUACAAAUAAAGGUAUAAAUAAC